AUACUUUCCUGGGCCAAUGACAAUACAGUAAAUUGUUUAAUCAGGAAGAGGAGGGGGUUUACAACUUUAGAUGCUAUAUAAGGGAUCUAGGGUUAGGGCUUUCUCUAUAACCUUCAAAACCAAGCUCUUGUUUUUCCUUCCUCUCUCUAUCCCUCUUUCCCUCAAUUACCCACAAAGAAAAAAUUGAAGGAAUUGAGAGGAAGAGAAAGAGGAGAGAGAAAAAGAAAAAAAAAAAAAAGAAAGUAUAAAGAAUCAGAAUCUAUAUAUCUUCUUAGAAAUUGAGGUUAUUCAAAAAUGAGGAAACGGCAAGUGGUAGUGAGAAGAACAGAAGAACCUUCAAGAAACGCGACGGCGUCGUCGUUCACCAUAAGAAGUGUGACGUACAGAGAGUGCCAGAAGAACCAUGCCGCAGGGGUGGGAGGAUACGCUGUGGACGGGUGCAGGGAGUUCAUGGCGAGUGGAGAGGAGGGGACCAGUGGUGCACUUACCUGUGCUGCCUGUGGUUGCCACAGGAGCUUCCACAGAAGAGAAGUGGAAACUGAGGCAGUUUGUGAGUGCUCUUCACCUCCUACAAAUGAGGCUUAGAGACACUAUAGCAAAAAUUAAAAUCUAUAUUUUGGGGAUUUCAAUUAUAUAUCUAUAUAUAACUUGGAGCUAGAAAUUUCCAUCAUGUAUUAUUGACUUUGCAUCUUUUUUUUUUUUUCUUUUUUUGCUUUUUUUGGGUUUGUGAUUAAUUUGUUGUUUUGGCUUUUGUUUUCCUUGAUGAUGAUGAUGAUCAUGACUAGACCCAUCUAUAUGAUCCAUCUGUUGUGUGUGAAAUGAAAAUGAGAACUGUGUGCUUGUUAUUAAUCUGAAGAGACAUUCUGAAA